AUGAGUCACGAGCGAUUCCUUUACUGUUUUACACUUUACAGUACGGGAAGCACUGCAGCGAGUCUGUCGUGCAGAACAAUCGCUGACAACUACAUUCCUCAGAAGACCAUCAAAGGAAAGUUUAAUCCACCAUGGAUUACUGGUGAAAUAUUGAAUGUGCUCAAAAAGAAAGAAACGGUUCGCCGAAAACUGCGACGCACCAUCAAGACUUGUGCAGACUCGAUCACGGAAAAGUAUAAAUCACUUCGAAAUACAGCCAAGAAGUUAAUUAAGGACAGUCGAGAAAAUUUUUUUGCUUCAAUGAGCAAGUCUCUGUAUUCCAACCCAAAACGCUUCUGGUCCUUCUUCAAAACAACCACUAAGUCUUGCAGAAUACCACAACAAGUGUCUUCUGCAAAUGGUACAAAUUCAUUGCGUACCAGUUCAAGCAAC